GGAUGAGUCCAGGUGAGAGAAGGGAGGAAAGGAAAGUUACUAAUUCAUAGAAGCUUCUAAGUUCUGGCUCCUUCUCUCCCUACACAACCAGGAUGGAGGGUCUAACCUAUGCCCUGUUACUUGCUAUUCUCUUUCUUCUGCUGGCCUCCUUCAACCUCAGUGAUGCCCAGGAGGAUGGCAUUGACAUCUAUAGUCUCACUAUGGACUCCAGGAUCACAUCACGAUUUGCCCACACCACCAUCACCAGCCAUGUGGUCAAUAAAGCUGAACGAGCCCAAGAAGCCAUCUUCCAGGUGGAGAUGCCCCAGACAGCCUUCAUCACCAACUUCUCCAUGAUCGUUGAUGGUGUGACAUACCCAGGGGAGCUGAAGGGGAAGACAGCUCCCCAGGAGAAGUAUCUCUUAGCUCUGGCCAAGGGACAGCAUGUUCAAAUCCUCAAGACCACAGGGAGGAAUCUGGAGCAGUUCCAGGUGUCUGUCAAUGUGGCCCCAACUGCCAAUGUCACCUUUGAACUUGUCUAUGAGGAACUGUUGAAGCGGCAGCUGGGGAAAUAUGAGCUAAUGCUGAAGGUCCAGCCCCAACAACUAGUCAAACAUCUGCAGAUAGAUAUCCAUAUCUUUGAACCUCAGGGUAUCAGCUCCCUGGACACCGAUAUCUCCUUUAUGACCAAAGAUCUGGAAGAUGCUCUCACUACAACACAGAACAAGACCAAGGCUCACAUUGUGUUCAAGCCAUCUCUGGCCCAGCAGCAAGAGGAGCCAGGGAAGCCAGACACGAUACUGGAUGGUAACUUCAUCGUUCGUUAUGAUGUGGACCGAACCAGUGCUGCAGGGGACAUCCAGAUCGAGAAUGGAUACUUCGUGCAUCAUUUUGCCCCAGCGCACCUGUCUACACUGUCCAAGAAUGUGGUCUUUGUGAUUGACAAGAGUGGAUCCAUGGCUGGCAGGAAAAUUAAGAAGACCAGGGCAGCCCUAGUAAAGAUCCUGGAUGAUCUCAACCCAGAGGAUCACUUCAACUUGGUUGCCUUCAGUGGACGAGUGAUCCAGUGGAAGCCAAUGCUGCUUCAAGCCUCAAAAGAGCACCUGGAAUCAGCCAAGACAUUUCUUUCUAAUACCCCAGCUCUGGGUGCAACUAACAUCAAUGAAGCCAUCCUGAUUGCUGUGAGGAUGCUAGAUGAGAGUGACAGGAAGCAGCAGCUGCCAGCAGGGAGUGUGUCCAUGGUCAUCCUGCUCACAGAUGGAGAUCCCACUGAGGGAGAGACAAAACUGCAGAAAAUUCAGGAGAAUGUGAAGGCACUCAUGAAUGGUCGAUACCACUUCUAUUGCCUGGGAUUUGGCUUUAAUAUCAACUAUGCCUUUCUGGAGAAGCUGGCCCUGGACAAUGGCGGGGUAGCCCGGCGCAUCUAUGAUGACUCAGAUUCUGACCUGCAGCUCCAAGACUUUUACCAGGAAGUGGCCAACCCACUGCUGACCAAGGUGGAGUUCCACUACCCAGAUGAUGCUGUGGAGCAGCUCACACAGGACAGCUUCAGGGUCUUCUUCAAAGACUCUGAGCUAGUGGUGGCUGGGAAGCUGAGGUCCCAAGUGCUGGACCUGCUGUCAGCCCAAGUCAGGGGCCAGUCGAACACCCAGGAUGUCAACUUCCAAACAGAAGUGAAUAUUAUGAACAAGGAAAAAGUCUUCCAGGACCCAAAGUACACUUCCCACAAUUUCAUGGAGCGCCUGUGGGCAUAUUUGACCAUCCAGCAGCUGCUGGAGAAAGCUGUUUCAGCCUCGGGUCUUAAACAGCAGAGUUUGGAGGACAGAGCUCUGGACCUUUCCCUCAAUUUCAGCUUUGUCACUCCUCUUACAUACAUGGUAGUCAACCCACCUAAGGGCCAGGGCCAGUCCCAGGUGGCUGUGAAGCCUGUGGAAAUAGAUCAUGGAAAGGUGAAAAUAGAACAACCAACAAGAACAGGCAGAAUAAAAUUUAGAAGAAGGAAGAUCGUUUCCCAGGAGCCAGCUGAACUGGAGCCCCGGUUGUCUUCUCUAGAAACUGUCUUACCAGGGAUUUCAAUAUCUCCAUCCUCUGUUCCUCUGGAAAAAUCUUCGGAGUCAAUGGAAAGGGCCCCUCACUUCAUUUUGUCACUGAUUUCGCCAGAAAACUACAAAGAGGUUUUGUGUGUGGAUAUCAAGGGAUCAUCCUUAAGGCCAUUAACCCUGAUCUCUGAUCCAAUACAAGGCAUUGAAGUGACUAGCCUUUAUAAGGACUUUCUGGAUACAUUUUCCUGGUUUCAAGUGAGUUACAGAACUCUUGAAAUACAGAUAUAUGUGACCCAGGACAGCAUCACAGUGAUUCGUGGUAAUGGUCAACAUAGAAAAAGUGACUCUUAUCAGUGGCAGAAGACAUUCUUCUUGGGGUUUCUUGGACUGAAGAUAACCAUGGAAAAUAGUGUCUUGCUCCUUACUGCCCCAGAAAAGGUCACCAUCGGUCUGGUUUCUUUGAGUCAUUUCACCCAUGGGCUCCAUCUCUUUGUGCAGAAUCCAAUUUACUUUUCUCAUAAAGUCAGUGGGAUCCUUGGUCAGUUUUACCAGAAUUUGUACUGCAGUCCCUACAAAAAUGACAAGAUGAAGCUGAGAGUGAUGGGAAGGACAUAUACAAUCACCAAAAAGACCAUGUUGGAUUACCAAAAUGGAGAAGAAAGCGCCUCAGUGCCAAAGUUGCUGUGCUGGUCCUUGGAACACUCCUUAUAAGAUGGAAGAACUUCAUAGACAAUAAGUAACAUGUAUUUCUCCCAUUCUGUUUCACAUAUCUGAUCCAGACCAGCCAGGAGCUGCUUCUUGGGGCCAUGCUGGGAGAUGUUAUAAAGCAGAGGCUAUGGCCAUACCACUGAACAAAAGAGGAUUUGGGUUGUAAAGCAAGGAAAAAAGUUCCAUAAUGCAGCAGGAACAAAAAAAAGGCAGAGAGUGAAGGUCAGAAAGAAGAGUUCCAAGGCAGUGUGAUGGCUGCAUGACUUCUUGCUUGGACUGGUUGAACCUAUUCACCCUGCUGUCUGAGAGAUUACCUGACCAGGAACAAUCCAUCAAUCCAUCUGGAACUGGGAAAGUUAUAAUCCUGUGAGUUCCAUCACCCACCAGAUCCCAAGUUCUUUCUCAGAAUGAGCUAAAGUACAUUCGGAUGCCUAUUACGUACUGGAUGCCUGAGUUGGAAAGUGCAGUUGACCAUCUUUUGACAAUCCAAAGGGGUGCAACUUUGGGGAACUAAUCAAGCUCAAAAAAGUAUAAUUGCCAGAACCUCUGGGUUUGGAGCAAGAAUUCUGGAUUCAAGAAGAGAGAUAGUCCACUUACUAGAUAUUCUAGUAGACGCAUCUAUUUAAGAAAUAUUGUAUUAUGUGUAAAGGAGAAUGUAUGGCAUUCUCUUCCACAUAUGCAAUUCAGCUGAUGAAGUCACAGAUGACAAAGUUUUAAUAGAUAAUGGUCCCACCAUCUUUGUUGCUGAUUGUGACCACAUUUGGGGUUUUAUUGAGUAAGGAUACUAGAAUGGUUAGCCAUUCCCUUCUCUGCUCAUUUUUACAGAUAAGGCAACUGGAAAACAGGGUUAAGCAACUGCCUCAGGUUCACAUGAGUAGUAAAUAUCUGAAGUCAAAUUUGAACUCAGAUCCUCCUCACUCCAAGACUAGCACUUUAUCUACUACUCCCUGGAACUACUUGGGGCUCUACUUUCAGGUGAUACAAAUAAAUCCUUUCAGUAAAUCAGAAAAAAAAAGGACAAUGUGAUUGGCUGCACAGAAAACCAAUAAUGCCUUUGAAAACCAAUAAAAGGCUGAAUCGCUA